UCAAAAAAAAAUAUUUAUUUUCUUUUUUCAUCUAAACCACAGAAGCAUAAAUAAAUCUAAUUUUCCUCACUUUCCUCUCAAACAUUACCUAAUUCCUUCCUAAUAAUUUCCAUAGCUUUUAAUUUCUAAGAAAUUGUAAUAUUCUCUACAAGAAAAUAUUAUUAUCUCAUAUUUUUCUUCCUAUUUUGAUUUUUAAUCUGAUUUCUAAAUUAUAAUUUCAACUUUUCUUAAAAAAAAUAAAAAAGUUUCUUGUUUCUUUAAUUUCUUGAAUGGUUUAAAGCUUCUGUCUUAAAAUCUAUUGUCGAUAUGGAGACUACCGGAGGUGAAGUUGUAAAAACAACCACCGGGACCGACGGUGGCGUUACGGUGGUGAGAUCCAACGCGCCGUCUGACUUCCACAUGGCUCCGAGAUCAGAAACUUCAAAUCCACCUCCCACCACCUUCCUCUCUCAUCCUCCUCCUCCUCCACCGUCGCAAAGCUCCUUCGCUCCUCCUCCACCACCGGCGACUUACUCAAGCGGACCGGUGAAGAAAAAGCGAGGACGCCCUAGGAAAUACGACGGAGCAGGAGCAGGAGCAGUCACGCUAUCCCCAAAUCCGAUAUCAUCAGCCGCACCAACGACUUCUCGCGUCAUCGAUUUCUCUGUAUCGGAGAGGCGUGAUAAAGUGAUGAUAUCAGCAACUACCACUAGUGCUAACUCCUUCAUCAGACCAAAGUACCACCACCAAGUCGAGAAUUUAGGUGAAUGGGCUGCUCCUUCCUCUGCCGGAGGUAAUUUCACACCGCAUAUACUCACGGUGAACGCUGGAGAGGACGUAACGCAGAAGAUAAUAUCGUUUUCUCAACAAAGGUCUGUAGCUAUUUGUGUUUUAUGCGCAAACGGUGUCGUUUCCAGUGUUACACUUCGUCAGCCUGAUUCAUGUGGCGGUACAUUGACCUAUGAGGGUCGGUUUGAGAUAUUGUCACUGUCUGGAACAUUCAUGCCUAGUAGUGACGCGGAUGGGACGAGAAGCAGAACAGGCGGGAUGAGUGUGUCCUUGGCUAGCCCUGAUGGACGUGUUGUAGGCGGUGGUCUUGCUGGCCUGCUGGUUGCAGCUACUCCUAUUCAGGUGGUUGUUGGAAGUUUCUUACCCGGAUCAAACCAGCAAGAUCAGAGACCGAGGCAGCAGAACCACCACAACUUCAUGUCGUCUUCAAUGCCAACCAUCAGGCCCAUGCCGCCUUCUCUCCCUAUCAGUACAUGGACACCGCCUUUAGCUUUUGAUCCACGACAAAAGCCUUCUCAUCAUGACAUUAACAUCACUUCGACGUGAUUGCUUCCUCAAAGAUCUCAUAAAUCCUCUGUAUCUCAGUUCCUAUAUUAGGACUCUACCUGCCAGAGAGGUUUAGGUGUUAUGUUGGUCUGUAAGACUGUAACUUAGGAUUGUUUUUUUUUUUCCCAACUUUUUCUACCGUUUCUCUUCACUCUUGGAUGUAGAAAUUGGAUCAGUUUGCAAAUGAUUGCGCUCUUAGUAAUUGCGCGUUUAGCAA